AUACAUGUCAUGAAGGAUGCGCUCCUCUCACUUCUUCAGUCGGUCACCAGAGCUCCAGCACAUACCGGUGCUACUCUCCACAAUGAAUGCUAUUCACAUUUAAAAAUCACUUUGGUGUUGCACGGCUCGUUUUCCAUGCAUUUUAUUAAUCGUUUACCGUGUCAUUUAUGAUGCUUCUGGGCGUAUAUUUAACCCGCUGCACGGAGGCAGGCGAAGUGCACUUUCGUCUUUUUGUAUUUUUUUGUUGCUGUUGUUUACAUUUCUCUUCAAUAUGCACUGCACACGCUGAGGAUUUACUUAAAGAUGGACGUUGGCAUGGUGACUCAUCUCACAUCCAUGAAGACAUGGAUCUGUAUAUUACAUACCCACAGUGGAUCAGUCCAGCCAGACACAAAAGAUCUGAUGAAAACAAGCAUCCGUCUGAAGCAGAGGUCAAGAUUACCGUAGCGGGUGAAGAUCUGAUUCUACAACUGCAGAGGAACGAGGAGCUCUUCUCACCUGGAUAUCAAGAGAUAUGGUACGAUCCGAAUGGAAUCCGACAGUUUUCCAAACCUUCCAUCAAGGAUCACUGUUAUUAUCACGGGGCAGUCAAAGGAUUUCAGUGGUCCAGUGUUGUCCUCAGUACCUGUGAUGGACUCAGGGGCAUGAUAACGGUCAAUCACAGCGUGAGCUACAUGAUCGAACCGCUAACUAACCAAUCACAACCUCAGGGACAUGCUGUAUACAACAUUCAGAGUCUGAAACUACCCACGGGCACUUGCGGACAUCACCAUGGUGAUGGGAAUCACACGGAAAGCCUUCAAAUGCUGAUGGAUGUGAUGGCGCAUCCUGAACACAUCCACAGGGACAGAAGAGAUGUCAGUAGUAGCACGAAAUAUGUGGAGCUGAUGGUGGUUGCCGACCGCGCUGAGUUUGUGAAACAUGGUCAGGACCUUGAAAAGACCAAGGCGAAGCUGCUUGAAGCUGCUAACUAUGUGGAUAAGUAUUACAAAGCACUGAACAUCCGUGUGGCCCUGAUCUGGUUGGAGAUCUGGAACGAUCAGGACAAGAUCAGCGUGAGCGACAACCCCUACAGCACCCUGGGUGCAUUUCUCACAUGGAGGAGGAAACAGCUUCCAAAGUUGCCGAAUGACAACGCUCAACUUGUAACGGGUGUUUCAUUUCAAGGCACCAUCAUUGGUCUGGCACCUCUUAAAGCCAUGUGUUCAGAAUACCAGUCAGGUGGAGUCAAUUCGGAUCACUCAGUCCUUGCGUUUGGGGUCGCGGCCACAAUGGCUCAUGAGAUGGGCCAUAAUUUUGGCAUGAGUCACGAUAGUCCAGGCUGCUGUAAGGCCCUGCCUCAGGAUGGAGGCUGCAUCAUGGCUGCUGCUACAGGGGAGCCAUACCCUCGUGUCUUUAAUCCCUGCAAUCAAAAGGAGCUGAAACACUACAUGAAUUCGGGCGGAGACAAGUGUUUAUUUAACCCUCCUAACACCAGAGUCAUGUACGGAGGUCAGCGCUGUGGAAACGGAUACCUGGAGGAUGGAGAGGAGUGUGACUGUGGAGAAGUGGAGGAGUGUUCGAGUCCCUGUUGUAACGCCAACAACUGCACGCUUAAGAUUGGAGCGGAGUGUGCGCAUGGAGUUUGCUGUCAUGAGUGCAAGCUGAAAAGCCAAGGAGUGAUGUGUCGUCCAAAGUCAGGCUCCUGUGACCUGCCUGAGUACUGUGAUGGGAAAUCAGAGUCCUGCCCGGCUAACUUUUACCUGAUGGAUGGUAACGUUUGCGAAGAUGGCAAGGCUUAUUGUUAUACGGGCAUGUGUCUGACCUUGGAGCAACAGUGUCUUUCUCUCUGGGGAAAAGGUGCUCGUUCUGCUGUUGACAAGUGCUUUAUUGAUGUCAAUAAAGCAGGUGAUACCUAUGGAAACUGUGGGAAAGAUCUGACGGGCAGUUACAGAACGUGCACAGAGAGAAAUGCUAAAUGUGGGAAAAUUCAGUGCUUCAGUUCUGCCAGCAAACCUAUAGAGUCCAAUGCUGUUGCCAUUGACACCAAAAUGCAGAUCUCAGGUCAUGAGGUCCUGUGCAGAGGGACACAUGUGUACCGGUCCAAUGAGGGAGAAGACACUCUAGACCCAGGUCUGGUUCAGACCGGAACCAAAUGUGGGGAUAAUGCGAUCUGUUUUGAAGGUGAAUGCCGUAAUGCAUCUUUCUUACAAGCAGACAAAUGCAAUGCCAAAUGUCAUGGUCAUGGGUUUUGCAAUAACAACCACAACUGUCAUUGUGACUCCGAAUGGGCACCACCGUUUUGUGACUAUGCUGGUUCAGGAGGAAGCCUGGACAGCGGACCUGUGACCAAACACGGUCCCCUUUAUCUUGUGGUUCUGGUUAUCUUCAUCAUGUUUCUUUUGGGAUUUGUUGUUUUUGGGGUCUUGUGGUGGUACUGCAAACACAAGCGCCCUAUCAAAGACCACACCCUUCAAAGGCCCCAAACAUGCAACAAUGUUCCAGAAUCCACUGCGUCUAAAAGUCAUAAUACAACAGGUCACACAAACCCAGUGUUUCAACCAAAGAAACCACACGCUGAUGAACAGGUCUGUCAUCGUGCAAGUCCUUCUGGUCCAUCCAGACAUUCUAACAUCCGUCCCACUGUGAAACCCCCUCCGAUCCCGGCCUAUGUUGGCCAUAAUCAAAGUGUUAUCCAUAUAGAGACCUGCCCAUCUCCAUCAGUUCCCCCCAAAACAAGACCACUGCCCCCCAACAGACCCCCUCCACCUCGACCCACGACCAAACCCGCCCAACCUCAACAGACAUCUAGACCUAAGAAUGGCUUAUCGGUGGUGUCACCAGCUGAAUUGCAGAAAGGGAAAUCCAGUCUGACCCCUUCUGGACACUUUUAAAAUGUCAGUUGAAGGUUCCAAAGAGACGUUGAGCCUCGUAAGAGUGAUACACCAAUCAGCUCUGCACCUUUAGGAUGUCAGUGAGAGUGACCAAUCACAACGCUUCACUCAAAGUGAUGCCCGCCUUAUUGACUAACUGGAGAAUUAUGGAUACCUGCAAACUUCAGCUUUUUUCAGGGGGAUACAGCUCCUUUAUUCCUGUGCCAUAUUCCAGUUCUUAUCUUAUGUCUUUUUAUUACAGUGACCCCAGAAAACUAUAAUAAAGUAUGGCAUUCUUAGGAGCAUGGGUCAUUUAAAUGAAUGUCUUGCACCAAGAAUAUGAAUUGUAAAACUUGUUUUUUUGCACGAAGCAGUAUCUCAUUCAAUUAUAUACAUCGAGUAAACUGUAAGAUAGUAGCAAACUAGUUGUAUCUGAUAUUUACAGUCUGGCUGUUCCUUUUAUAUUUUUUGAACUACCUUGCACUAUCAGUUCAUUUAUUUGAAAACUAUGUUACUGUCUGUCCUCAGGAAACAGCUCUUAAAAGAAGAGGCUAAUUGAAGAUCAAGUCAUUAGUUUUUUUUAAUAGCAAUAAUAUUUUAAAAUCUCAGAAAUAAAUUAGAGGUGAAUUGUGUAGCACUGAGUUUAUGUACAGUAUAUACUGCGUAUUGUUUAUACUAUCUAGCUUGGAAAUUUGUAAUGAUGCUGGAUAUUAUGGUGCUUUGUUUUUGAUUUCUCAUUUAAGAGAAAUAAAUUAUUAUUUUUAUAAGGGUUUUAACGCAGGGAAUGCAUUUUAAGUUUAAUAACUUUUUAAUGUGUUUCUUAGGUUUUGUUUUUAUAUGGUUGUCAGCAUUUUGGGAGGCAAUUCAAAAUUUCCAAAAUACCGCUUAUUUUUUCUUUUCUUGGCCAGAACUUGUUUUGAGGACUAUGACCAAUAUACUGUAUUUUUGAUUAGUUUUUUUUUUUUUAGGAUUUUUUUUAGUUGUAGUUAAACUGUUAUUUAUUCGUAGUGUAAAUAUGCGAUGGCCUUGUUGAAUCAUGGUUUAGUUUUACAUGAAUGCUAUUACUGAAUGUUUGUUUACUGAAAAAUUGAUGGGUGCUUAAAAUGUGAAUGUAAAGUUGGCGUAGUAUUGCAGGCUACUUAGGAAGUGUAAAACAGUCACUGCAAUUUUAUUUGGUCUUAAUUUCGGUUUCUAUUAUGAGACUAAACCCCUCUUGUCCUAUGCAAAAUAGGCUGUAACGCAGUGCCUUUUAUUAAAUUUCCAUCAGUGAAUGUUGAUGUCUCGUGUUUUAUUAUUUGCUGGGAAGGGGCUGAUAAACAUGUUUUUGUAUCUCUUUGCUUUUUCUUUGUCGUGUGUCAUUUUAUAUAGGUCCUUAAGGUUGAAAUUAUUUCAUUAAUAAUUUGAAAAUGGGCUUGUUCGAUUCAUAGACUCAACUUCAUGCAGAACCGACAGGCGGAUGACGUCAAAGUUUCGCGAGAGCGAUUUAAAAGCAGCCUUCUCUGAAUGAAUUCUCAAUCGCUCUCGCAGUACUUUUACGUCAUCCGCCUGUCAGUUCUUGCAGCGCCGCACGAAAUCGAACAGGUCUUAUGUACAGCAUGUUUCUCAGCAUUGUCUUGAACAGCUGACAAAUGUAUUUUUCUCAGAACUUUUUUUUUUUUCAGAAAAAAGGGCUUUCUUUUUUUACUAAUUUUUUAAAAGCUGUACCCCUCAUACUUUUAAUUGAAUAAAUGAACAUUAUUUAACCGAAUCAUAUAUUUGGAUUUUAUUGUACUCUCUUACCUUAGUUCUCUUAUACUGGGUUUAUCUGAAUGUAAACAGGGUUGUUGAUGCAUGAUAUGGCAUCAAGAGAUAAAUUCACAUGAUAUGUUUGUGGUUUCAUUGGGCUGUCCUAGAGGUGUGUCUGAUGUAAACGCAGCAGCGGGGGACUUUUAUUCUACUUCCGGUCCGUAAUUUUGGCUGAAUACCUUGUUCUUCUCGAUUUCCCGUGAACAUCGCAUCGCAUCGCUCGCUUGAUUAUUGUACUAAUAACGAAGUUUCGGUUUUUUAUCGCUUAUUUUUUACUGUAUCACCAGCAAAUAUUACAUUUACAAAUAUGGACCAAAUGGAAGAUCCCGCUGGAUCGGAUAAUAAACGAGCUAAAGAAGGAAAAAGCAGUUGAAAAUGUUAAGUGAGGACUUCAGAGAGGACAAGCUUUCAGCAGCAGCAGCAGAAUCCAUCACUGUAUCCAUACUCUAAACAUCAGUUGAAGGAGCUGGGUUAUCCAGAGUCCUCUCACUUUGGUCUGAGUCUAGUGUUGUCAUCACAGUUGAAUCAAUGGGUGGUAAUGAAGGAGGUGGACGUGGAGGGGAAAGGUGGAGCCUCUUUGGGGCGCGGCCCAUCGUGCAGAAAUCACCCACUGACCCAGGGUCAGAGACCAAAACACCUGGGGGAUUCACGCUGCAGUCAUACUUUGGAGUUCAGAAGUCUAAUACCAUGGAUGCCAUGAAGACUCAAGUAAACCUCGUGGUUGAUGAUCCUGCCAAACUAAAAUCUCCCAAGAUCGAGAUGAGCGGCGAGGAGGGAAAGAAAACAUCAUGCCACAGACUCAGACACAGAGAUAUGAACAUUCUCACACCGUCUGGCUUCUGAACUCCAGAGUCUUCAACUCUCUUAAGCUUCCUCGACUUUUAUACGACAUACAAACCCAUUAACGCACAAAUCGACACGUGUCGCCAUUAAAACCAGUAUGGCCUCUAAUGAGUAACCAUAUGCAUUUACAUCUACCCGUGUAAGAUUUACCCCUUAAAUUAGAUAGGAGACAUAGUCUUUUUUUUCUUAGUGCCAACCACUCUUGAUAGUUGAAUUUGCCCCUUCCCAGUAACAUAUGUACUGUUUUUCACAUUUUUAAUUACAACAUACUUGCUCGCGGACGUUACAAUGUACAGAUGUAAAUUUAUGGUGAUCAGAAUAUGCAGAAUUACCAGUAAGAUACUGGAUUGUUUUUAUAGUGAAAUACAUUCAUGCGUGCAACGUCUGACAGUAAUCUAAUUUUUGUGGACCAUCUAUAAAAGCUUAUUGUGUAUACGCAUUUAUACAUCAUUGACUGCAGCACAUAUUUUAAAUGUUAAAACAUUUCAUAACGUCAACAUGUUUGACUUAACGUGGUCAGGUAUUCAUUAUUAUUCUGCGUAGUUGAAACAUCUUUAAUGGCCGUUUUGUAACUUUUUAUUUCUAAAGUGUCAGAAUUUCUAAUUUAUUAGUUUGUUUAUUAAUGAUACAGUAUGGAUGUGUUAUUUUGUGUGUAGUAAGCUACAGAUUUGUAUUGGCAUGCUGGCAGCACCUCAUGUCUGUCACUGGGUUUGCACUUCUUCUGAAAUCUUUUUUUUAUACUACUUUGUGUUACUGUGAGUUUGACAGUAGCUGUGUUUAAUAGUUUUUACGUAUGCUGUAUCAUUUUGCUUUUUUGUACAUUUUUUAUAACAUUGCCUUUAAAAUAUUCCACUUUCUGCUCAACUUAAACAUUUGUUUUUUUUAUAGUGCAGGAUCCAUUCAUUCCUAUAAGACAGAAAUGACUUGCAACACAGGCCAAACUCAUUUUAUAUGUUGUAUUGCUAGCGCAUUACUUGUUCAUAUUUCUCAGUAAUAAAACAUUGCUUAUAAGCACACUGAA